AUGCUAGACUUUGCCGUGUACCUUUUCGGCGUGAUAAUUCCAAUUUUUCGCAAAAUCCGGUACACCCUCCUUCUUCCGUUUACCCCAAUUUUGAUCCCGAUAACGGAUUAUGUAUUACGUCGCAUGAGGAUUAAGGUCGACUCAGAGAUGAAAUCCAACCCUGACAUUUGUGUAAAAGAUGGCCGAUUCUACGCGCGGGUGUGGUCCGAUCAACAGUUAGGCUUUGAAGAAGCGUACACGGAAGGAUGGUGGACAUCGGACAAUCUGGAACAACUGUAUGACAAGUUGUUCUACUUUUUCGGUAAGCACAAAUGGCUUGCCAAGGUGCAUAUCGCGUACUGGGAGGCCGCAUUUAGGUGGGGAUUUUUGAACACGGGGAGGGAAGAUUGUACCCAUAGAAUUUCACCGGAAUAUGAAUUACCUGCAGAAUAUGUAAACUUGAACCCGGACCAGGACCACAUGCAAUACUCGGUCGGUUACUAUGCCAACGGUGCGACCACAUUUGCGGAAUCACAAGUAGAAAAGCUGAAACUAAUCGCGUCCAAGCUUAAUCUUCAACCGGGGAUGAGGCUGCUAGAUAUCGGCUGUGGAUUUGGCGGUCUUUCAAAAUUCAUGGCCGACACCUAUGGCGUCAAUGUGACCGGUGUCACCAUUUCCGAUUCGAUGGCCAAGCAGGCAGUGGAUCACUGUCUUGGGAGCAAAGUAACAAUUACGAAGCAAGAUUGGAGAAAAAUUGAGGGAAUUUUUGACCGCAUUACGAUCAUCGAAAUGAUGGAACACGUGGGAAAGCAUAAUUACGAUGAUUUUUUUUAG